AUGAUAUCGUCCGUUGACAGCGAACGCGCUCACAUCGAGCAAAACGCACGCGUGAUUGAUAAGCAAGACUCGGAUGAGAAUGCACUGUCGAUGAGCAAAAGCCACCAGGACCUCGCGCAGAAGCUGGAAAAUUGGAAGGUUCCGCUCGAAAAUAUCGCUACCGACGUCUCUGAGAUCAACGAUCACGUCAGAGCAAGCGAGCAAAUCAAUAUCCUGAAAUGGAUAUCCCCAAUCCCUUUUGCAAGCCAUCAUGAUCGCGCAAGAGACGGUCGGCUCACAGGAACUGGGCAAUGGCUCCUCAACAAGGACGCAUUUGGACAGUGGGAUAGCAAGACAAAGCUUACAUCAUUAGUCGUCGAUCAUGUUAGCAAGUCGAUUGAGCCUUCCGUUGAUGCCCUCGUAUACUUCUAUUGUACCCGGGAUACGGCUGAGCCAGAGCGCGCUGAGCCUGGCCAGAUCCUCAGGUGCCUGGCACGUCAGCUUGCCUAUUAUCAACCCAGUUCAACGAUCCGAACUGACGCCGUGGAGCGAUAUGAAGCCUUAACUCUUGGCGGAACUCAGGCCCGUGACCUUGGGGUUGAUGAUACCCUCAACCUGAUCGCAGAGCUUGCGGCAGAUUUGGCAUCCUUAACGGUUAUAAUCGAUGCAUUGGAUGAAUGCAACGACAUUCCAGCACUUUUGGGGCACUUUGGAACGAUUAUGGGGAGACAUGAGCGGGUCCGGCUCUUCUUGACAAGCCGAGACGACAAAGCGAUGUCAGAGUGGCUGAAAACCGAUCCGCAUCAAGACAUACUAAUUGGACAGAAUUCCGGCGAUGUCAGAUCCUUUGUAAGGUCGGAAGUUGAGAAGAGCCCGAAAUUGACCCAACUAUUUUCCGGGAAUGUCAGCCCGGACUUGAAGGACAAAGUCAUUCAGAUCCUGACUGAUGGUGCACAAGGAAUGUUUCGUUGGGUUUCCCUUCAGCUACAAAGAAUCACUAGCCCGGGCCUUAACACCGAAGAGGAUGUACUCAACGCGCUUUCCGAGCCGCUAGAGGGACUCGCAGCUGUCUAUGGAAAGAUUUACGAGCAGAUCAACCAUUCCGGCUCAGAGAGCAAAGCUUUGGCUGAAAGAGCUUUAAAGCUUCUCACUUGCUGUUUACAGCCAUUGUCGACGACUUCGUUUCUCGCCGCCAUCUCUCUACCGAAAGAACCCAGAUUGGAUGCUGGUGCACUCGGAACACUCUGUUGCAACCUCGUUGUCGAGGACAAAGAGCUGGGGAUUUUUCGAUUUUCCCAUCAGUCCGUUCGUGAAUACCUCGAGGAGAGACCGGACUAUGCUGUUCUAGACAUUAAUGCGGUCGCUGCUCAGAUCUGCCUGUCAUACUUGACCAAACUAAAGCUGGUGGGUAGAUCUAUUCGCGGUACAGUUUCGACAGUCCCAAAGAACUUUGAUCCCCUGAGUGAAGGAAAACAUAAUCUACACGACUAUGCCGCAUUAUUCUGGCCACUCCAUAUACAGCGCGCUGGCAAUUUACGCCAAUCAUCUGAGAUUUCAGCACUGAUCACGUCGUUUCUACUCCGACGUCGUGCAAAUCCAACCUUUGCCAGCUGGAUGAAAGAUGCUCCAAGUCUGAGUCGCGAUAUUCAGUGGUCGGGGUCUGCGCAGACAGAAUUCUACUGGGAUCUUCGCAACGCUCUUGAUGAUUGUUUGUGCGAGCCUCUAAAUCCAUGGUUUGUCGCCUGUGUCUUUGGCAUACCUGAAGUUAUUGAAAAUGGGAUUCCGCCCCCGCGAAUAAUGCACAAUGAGAACGGACUUCGGUCACUUCAUCUUGCAUGCUCAUAUCGCAAUGUUGAGGUAGUCCAACUGCUUCUAAGUAAAGGAGAAGAUUUGGACGGCAAAGAUGUCUACGGCCAUACGCCAUUGUUUCACGCUGUUCCUGACGCGAAGAUCACACAAUUGCUUCUGGAUCACAAUAAUGAUGUUGAGAUCUCAGAGGAGAUCAUCCUCAAGGUGAUUCGAGAGAGUGCAAGGUCUUCCGAAGAGGAGGGGAUCGGAUUACUGGAGCAGCUACUGAAGCGAGGAGGUGAGGCAUCAAUCACCGAAGAUACGAUUGAAUAUGCCGCUUCUUCGGGGGGUGGCAAGCUCUUCGCAUGGCUUCUUGAUCAGGACAUCGACAUGGAGAUCACGCAGAGUGUUCUCCGAAACGCGGCAAUGUAG